CCUAUCGUUGUCUCUGUGUAUUGUAUGUUUUAUUUUUUUGUCAUUUUAUUUUGCCGCCACAGAAGUUAAGCAAAAUGGAUUGGAGUGUAUCCAAGUAUAUGUCCUUUGAUCCUGAUCAGGAUGAGGAAGAAAGACAGAGCUACAAUCAUAAGGAACUCAAGACUUUCCUGGCCAACUCGACCAUAAAGGAUCAUUUUGGAUGUGCGCAUCAAAUAUCAGAUUCAAAGCGGCUGCUCAGCUACUUGAGCGCGACUUUGUCCAGCUAUGCAGGGGGAGUUUUUAAUCUGGAGCAGCUGCUUGAUCUCUACAUCUUGGCCAUAAUGAUGAUGACAUACGACGAGGAGAAUUUCAUGGUCACUAUGGACCGCUGCAUGCUGGCGGAUAUUGUCUCCAAUUUAGGAGAUAGUUUAGAGCUAAAGCAGAUUCACUUUAUUGCCAAUGGCCUGUACGACAAGUUAGUGCUAGGCGUGGGAGCCGAGCAAUUGGAAAAUGUCUUUAAUGUGGAGGUGGCCAUUCCUCCCCUAGUGCUCUCAUCUGGCCAUGGCAGGCACGUUGCCAUGGCCCUGCUUCUGACCAUCUUGGGCAGGUACACCAAAGUCCCAGUAAAACUGCAAGAGACUGGUAAUGCACGUAAUAUAUUCGAAAUGGCAAAGUUGGUCAAUUGGCAGGAGCUGGCGGACUCUGGGCAAUAUAAGGACAUGUUCCUACUGAUGCGAUCGAUUUGCCUGCUCCUAAAUAUGCGAAAAAUUCGUGAAGAGUUUAUCGAUGAUGAUCUUGAAGUGGAAAUGCACAAAUUCUUCCUAAAAGUGCACUGGGGAUUGGGAAAAUCCGACAACCAAACAGCCUUUGUCACUAUGGUGGAGCGAUUCAUUGCGUUCUGCGUUGUGCGUGGAGCAAGAAAAAAUGUGAUGUAGUCCCCAGUGCGCUCCUUCAAAGAUACGAAUGCUGUGAGAGAAGAGAAUAAGUAUUAUUUUUUUUAUCCUGGAAUGCUGGAGAGCAAACCAUAUGCUUCCACAAUAAACGAAAACAAAUUUGAA